AGCAUCCCUCCCAGGGUACCAAUGCGCUGAAAGACAGCUGGGCUUGGUGAAGCUGGCUGACGACCUCCCUUUUCGCCUGCUUUCUCAUACAAAGCUAUAUAGCAUUGCCUGCCAGUGUUUGCCAAAUAGUCUGCAGCCCGUCAUUCCCAGCCCUGCACUACACUACACUACACAACACUAUACCACACACACACCAUCACCCUCUUGGCCCAGCACCUCCCCGACUCAUCCUAGCACUACUACCACCUCAGCCUUACUACUACGGCGUGCCUCAUCCGAACUCGCCCUGCCCUGCCCUGACCACGUCGGCCGCACCGCUUCCACCGCUGUGCCAUGUACCGCGCUGUGACUCCCUAUCUGCGUAGAUGAGCUGCUAGCCCGCGUGAGCAGCAAUGCCUCUGAGGGCUCUCCGACCAGGCCGCAGCGACCGAGACCUCAAGCGCCGCAGCACCCUCGACCCCGGCAACUUCUUCAGGCGCGGCGACAGGGACAAGUCGAGCGAGAAUCUCAGUGCCACCCGCAUAGCCGUCUCUGAAGAUGGCGGCCGACCUCUCUCCACCGACGUUGCGCGGCCCUCGACCAGCCAUGACGACUCCCCGCCCUCUCCGCCCGUACAGGAGUCGACGCCAAACACGCGGCGGUUCAGCAUGAUGCGCUUUCGCCAUGCCUCUGACCCGCAGCUGUCGUCCAAAGCAAAAGAGCACGCUGCCCGCGAUGCAGCCCCGCCCGUCCCUGCGAUGCCCAACGCCGAGCCCCCUGCAAUCAUAACCACUGCACCCACCGUCAUCGAACAGGACGAGAACCAGGAGAAUGCCGCGCCCAAGAAGCGAGGUAGGCUGCAGCAAUUCACCCUUCGCCGCCGCUCCUUCGACCCCUCGAUAGUCGACCGACCAAACACGCUGCGCAAGUCCAUGGACAAGAAGCGGAGGCCGCUGGGGUUCAAGAAAAGUCAUGGCAAUCUGAUCGAGGAAAACGAGCGCCUGUCCAUGAGCCAGCAGCGGCCUGAGACGCUUGCUGAGCCACGAGAGUCUGUGGAAAGCACCACCGCCUUGGCCCCUCCUUCUCUUGCCCGGGCAUCAGAGUCGUCGCGAUCAGACGGAAGUUCCGGUGGACAUGUCUCCUUCGAACAGACUGCACGACCCCAACACCCACCCAGACUGGGCUCUGGACGCUUUGGCUUUGGCCGUCGAAAACCACGCGCAUCUUUAUUCCCACUUCCUAUGAAAAUCGACCCUCCCCGCUUUCCGGACACAGCGCCCGCUACGCCUCGCGUCUCUACCGGUGGUGUGAGUUCUGGCUCGCCUCCCCAGUCCCCCACCGAGAGCCCUCCUUUGACCGCACGCCGUCUGAACCAUGGCGAACCCGGCACGCAGACCCCACCGAUGCCCUCUGCUUCGCAAGUCGCUCUAGCUGCUACGUCACUGAAUCUCGCAUCAGCUGGCGCAGGCGCCCUCUUUCGAAACGAUUCUACCAAAUCGAUACCCAAGUCAGUACGUUCCGCUCGCUCGCCACGCGCCGCCGCUCCAAUGCGUCUUGGUUUGCGAGGACGCUCGUCCACAAUGGGCUCUUUGGGCGGCCAUUCCGACGAUGCUACAUCACCCACUCCGCCCAAUGGCCCAAGCGGAAGGAACUCGACGUCCACUACAGCUGGGAGAAGUAGCUUCAGUAAUCUAUUUGGCCUGAGCUCAAGAUUCCGUCAGAACUCCGGGCCAGAUUCACCCAGAUAUGGCUCACCUGCUCACGGUUUCUUAGGGAACUCGGCCUUGUCAUCUCAUCAAAACUCCUUUAACAUCAGCCGAGAGACGCUUGUACUACCAGAGCGAGAAGAAGGCGAGACGCCAGGCCGCUACCUGGAAAGGAUCGAGGCGAACAAUGUCGAUAAGAGCGUCAUUGCGAGCUUCCUCAGCAAAACCGACGAUGCAUUUCUUCUUUCAGUCUUACGAAGCUAUAUGCGGAGAUUCGCCUUCUUUGGUGACCCACUCGACAUAGCGAUACGCAAACUGCUCAUGCAGAUUGAGCUUCCCAAAGAAACCCAGCAGAUCGACAGGGUACUUCAAGGGUUUGCCGAUCGUUAUCAUGAGUGCAACCCGGGCAUCUACCUUAACACAGACAAGGCGUAUUUCAUCUCUUUUUCCAUCAUCAUUCUACAUACCGAUGUCUUCAAUAAGAACAACAAACGGAAAAUGCAGAGACCAGACUACAUCAAGAACUCCUCUUGUGAAGGUGUUUCCGACGACGUCCUUGGCUGCUUCUACGACAACAUUGUCUAUACGCCCUUCAUACACAUCGAGGAUGAAGUCGACUUGAAGAACAUUUCAUCGAAAAAGAGCAAGAGAACAGCCGUGCUCAAGGGACCGAUGAACGACCCAGCAAGGAAGGCGGCCAAAGAGCCCAUUGAUCCGUAUACCCUAAUAUUCGAGGGUAAAUUGGAUGCUCUCCGCCCUACCCUUCGAGACGUCAUGAACCUGGAUGAUCCGUAUAAUGAUAUUGGAACUGCGGCAAACCUGGAUACAAAGAACAUUUACAAGUUGUUUUCACGAUAUGGCGUCAUCCAAAUCGUGUCCUCACGGUCCAGACCCGAGGCCUUCAUGUCGGAAGCUGCCCAGGAGAACCCACUGGGGACAUCGGUUGGUAUAGUCGAGAUGCCAGUCACCAAGGUUGGCAUCUUAUGGAGGAAGGAUACCAAGCGGAAGAAAGCAAGAUCUCCGUGGCAAGAAUGGGGUGCUGUCCUCACCCGCUCAGGUCUCUCUCUCUUCCGAAACUCCAGCUGGACAAGGAACCUGAUGAGCCAGCAUGAACAGCAUCUAAAGCGGGGUGAAACUGGGCCUGUCCUGUUCCAACCUCCGCUUGAAAACUUCAAACAGGACCAUAUAAUACCCAUGGAUGGUGCAGUCGCCCUCGUCGACAACACAUAUAGGAAACAUAAACAUUCCUUCGUCAUGUUCACCAAGGCAGGCGAGGAAACCUUCCUGGCCGAUAGUGAGAAGGACCUAAACGAGUGGUUGGGCGUGCUAAAUUACACCGCGGCUUUCGAGACGCUCGGUGUUCGAUCAAGAGGCAUGAUAGGCGGCUUGUAUGAAGGACAAAGGAACAGGGGUAUCCGCCGCCUCGACUCCUCGCAAUCUUCCAAAUCAAUACCUACAUCAACCGGCGAGGUCACGAUUCAGAGCGGGAGGAUUGAUAGUCAAUUCGCACAACAAAUGAUGAAUGCACGGAAGGAGCUGAUGCAGGUACGAAUAGCCGAGUCAGAAGAGAAGCUUGCAACAGCAAUCAGAGAAUUGGAGGCCCGCCUUAGGGACGCGCGACACCUUCAGAUUCUUGCACCCAUACAACCGAAAACACGAGAACUGGUCAUCCACGCUGCUGGUCGAUUAGCCGCUAAGCUCAAAUGGUCCCGCAUCGAGAUAUGGCGGAUGAAGUGUCAUCGUGAUAUAUUGGCACAGGAACUGGAAGACGAGAAGCAAGGGGCUGCCGAAAAGCAGGCUCGCAUUGAUAGAAUAUCGGAAUCAGCACAACCCCCGCUGCCUCCACUUUCACAACAACAAUCCCACCGGGCGUCCAAGAUUAGCGGACUGGCGCGAUUAACAUCCAAGACUAGUUCGCUCACCAGUGGUCAGAAGCCACCACUCUCUCCAGGGGCGUCCUCAGCUCGUCCUGGGACUAAGUCAUCCCGGGGUUCAGACUUUGGUGUGGAUGAGGCGUUCAAAACGCCCCCAGAGACUUCUCGCCAGUAUAGUCCCACUGAUCCAUCGGCCCAAUUCCACGUUCCUCCCUUGAAUUUCAGUCCUCAUACAUCAGAUCGACGAAGUUCGUUUGCUAGCUCGUCAGCACAGUCUCCUAGGCUAUUUCCACACGAUAAACGACCGUCUAUAUCCACAAUGGGUGGCGGUACUGUGGACUCAGACAGCGAUUCUGAUGAUCAUUCGAGAUACACUACCCCACCACCUAUUGAGUCGGACUCUAUAGAGCCCAAGACCCCUGAGAUACCUUCUCUGGAUGGCUUACAUCGGGAUCCAGCUACCGAGUCUGAGAACGAGCAGACUUUUGCAUCGCUUACGGGUUCGCCUGCAUCACGCGCAAAGCACAGACGAAGCUUGCAUCGCACACUUCGAGAGUCUCAUGGCAGUUCAUCUCACCGCCGUAGUCAGAAAGGCAGAGACUCCGCGUCCACGAUUGUUAGCGACGAUACCCCAGAAAGCGAUCGUUUGACCCGCGGCCAUGGGAGCUUCACGGUUCACGGUAAAAAGGCAUCUGUAAUCCAAUUUGGCUCCGAUUGGCACAACACUACAGCGGAGGAGCGGUUAAAGACCAAGAAGCAGCUUCAGGAGGCACAAGGUGCCGCUUCUGCUGAUGAAAGAGAUGGCAACAGUAUCGUGAGCAACGGUACAUCCAUGAGCCCGGGUGCUGAUGGCAAUGAAGAGAAUACGCCGCGAAGACUUGCUGCCGAAGUUUCGAAACAGCGACACGUGUCUGCGCAAACCAUCACGCCCUCGAAUUACCGUGAGUCGCUCAAGGAACAACAUUCAGACGACGACGGUGCUUCUGAAAUGAGCGACAUUGAAGAGGAGUCACCGACGACGACGAAGGAACGAAUAUCGGCCGAGCCGGCUACCCAGGAGAAAGAAACGAGUUUUAGUAUUGCGAACCUAAACCCACUGCCAUCCAGCCCGCAAGCAACUGGGACAUGAUUGAACGAACUCGUGUCAUUAAUGUUUUUUAUUGUUGCGGGACCUCAAAAGCGAGUCACUUUACAGCAUGCAUAGCAUCGCACACGAGCAACAAAGGAAAAAUCCACCACCUGUUCCCUUGUCACACUUUCACAUAGCUUUCUUUCUUUUCAGCAUAUACGCACGUUUCACACAUACAAGCAUGGCGCGGCGGCUUUUGGCAGGGUAGUAAUCGGACCAAAACAACUGUUCUUUCCCCCCUUCUUUUGCUUUGUUUCAUCAUGGCGGUGGCGCAUUUUUGUAUCUAUAGACGGGACUGACUGUGAAGUGGCGUUUCUCUCGUGGGUGUAGGGGCAGGAGGAAGGGCGAGGAGUUGUGAUUGGCUUGGAG